AUGGUGUGGAGGGAGGCGCGGCACAUCACGUGUGACGGGGCGGCGCGGCGCGGCGCCGGUGUAGGUUCCACGACGAUGAUGCGCGCCGAGGACCAGGGCAGCGGGCGCAGCGACGCUGCCUCGCUGCUGUCACAACUGUCUCCGCAGAUGGUCAUACAGCGCGCGACGAACCUGCACCGCCGCGUCCAGCACCACAUCGACACACUCGCGCCCUACACGAUGGAGCGCUGGGGCUUUACGGGCAUCUUGUUGGUUCUCUUCAUGCUGCGCAUUGUGCUCGCGCACGGCUGGUACAUUGUAUGCUAUGCGCUCUUUAUCUACCUGCUGAACCUGUUCCUCGCGUUCCUCACACCCAAGUUUGACCCGGCGUUCGAGUCGGACCUGGCCGCGCAGGACGUCGAGGACGGCGCGCCGGGUCUGCCGACCUCCGCGUCCAAGACGAGCGGCGGCCUGAUGAGUGACGUGUUCCAUCCGCCCAGCGCGCAGGACGACGACGAGUUCCGCCCCUUCAUUCGGCGCCUUCCCGAGUUCAAGUUCUGGAUCAGCGCUACGCAGGCCAUUCUGCUCUCGCUCCUGGCCACCCUAUUCAGCGUCUUCGAUAUCCCCGUGUUCUGGCCGAUUCUCGUAUUGUACUUUUUGACGCUCUUUGUCAUUACGAUGCGCCGCCAGAUCGAGCACAUGAUUCGCUACAAGUACCUGCCCUUCGACUUGGGCCGCAAAGCGCGGUACGGCCGCGCCUAA